UGCAGACACGAGGCCCCGCCUCUAUCCUGAUCGUUGCUAUGAAGGAAUCUCAACUGUCCAACCCGUUGCUCCAACUAGCCCAUCCUGCCGCAGGAGGCGGGACUUGCGGGACAAAAACACACGAUGCUCGUCAGAUACCGUCACGUACACCAGCGGCACAGCCGGAUGUUUUGACAGCAGCAGCAACUGACCGAAACCCACGGUAUUUUAUCAAGUGACCUUGCCGGCGGACUGUGCAUCAGGAGGCGUUAUAAACAUCCACCUCACGGAAAAAACUGAAAAUGCCGCUGGGUGAAGAGAAGAACGGGGCUUGCGAUAGGUCCAUAUAUGUGAACAAUCCUCAUUUAGACUCCAUGACCGAUGACAUCCUUUACCAUUUUAACCUGGGAACAUCCACUCACGACUUGCCAGCCAUGUUUGGAGAUGUCAAAUUUGUGUGUGUAGGAGGAAGUCCAUGGAGGAUGAAGUCUUUCAUUGAAUACAUUGCCAAAGAACUGGGGCUAUCAGAGCCUAAUGCUGAUUACCCAAAUAUAUGUGCAGGAACCGAUCGCUAUGCCAUGUACAAAGUCGGACCUGUGCUGUCUGUCAGUCAUGGCAUGGGCAUCCCAUCUAUCUCUAUAAUGUUGCAUGAGCUUAUCAAGCUCCUGUAUCAUGCCCGCUGCACUGAUGUCACCGUAGUGCGCAUUGGAACGUCAGGUGGAAUAGGAUUAAAGCCAGGGACUGUGGUGGUUACCAAACAGUCAGUGGAUUCUGUGUUUCAGCCUCGUCUUGAGCAGAUCAUCCUGGGUAAACCAGUGGUCAGGAGCACAGAACUCGAUGGGGAACUCGCAGAGGAGCUGCUUCAGUGUAGCAAAGACCUUGCAGAGUUUGAGACUGUCAUUGGUAACACAAUGUGCACCCUUGACUUCUAUGAAGGUCAAGCUCGGCUGGAUGGGGCCUUCUGCUCAUACAGCGAAGAAGAUAAACAGAGCUAUCUUGCCGAAGCCUAUGCCGCUGGAGUUCGUAACAUUGAAAUGGAGUCAUCGGUGUUUGCGGCCAUGUGCAAACUGAGCAAUCUUCGAGCUGCGGUUGUGUGUGUAGCACUGCUGCACAGACUGAAAGGAGACCAGCUGACCAGCUCUCAUGAUGUCCUGAAUAGCUACCAGCAGCGACCUCAGGUCUUGGUUGGACAUUACAUUAAAAAGAAGCUGAAUGCCUCUAAGAAAAGCUAGUUAGUUUGAAAGCUCUUCAAUAAAACUUUGAGAACAGUCCCAGGUGAAGGUAGGAAAAAAUAUAGUGAAGUUUUGAUCAGGACAAUGAUUUUUUUGAAUAUACUGUAUGGCAAAGCAGCUCGACCAAGAUAACAGAAAUACCUUUGAAUUUUUCUAACAUGCUCAUGCAAACUCAUUCCUUGAAUGUAAUACCUUAAUUUCCUUGUUUUAAAUUGGUAAUAAGCACAUUAUGUUCUAGACGAUUUGAUUUGUCUUAAAUACCAGAUAUUUAUUAUUGUUUUAAAAGGCACUGUAUUAAAACUACUCCUGAUUAAGUAGUUGUGUAAAAGGGAAAGAUGUUAUAAAAAGAGAGAGAACUAAGCGGUUUUAGCACUAGUUACAUUAAAAGGGUCCAGAGAGCAUUUUCAAAAAACGGUAGACCUCAGUUUGUUGGUCUAUGUUACAAACAAUUCGUUUGUAAAAUUGUACUGUAAUGUUCACAAAUGUCUUAAAUUAAAUGUUCACAAAUUAAUUAUUACAUAAUAUUUCUCCUUAACAUGGAUAGUAUUGUUUUA